ACAUCCAUUGUUCUAUUACUUUCUGUCCACGGUAGGAGAUCGGUGUAUUCCCAGACAAAAACAAGGAGAUAAAGAGUUGUGCUUGACGCCGCCAACCACGCAAAAGAAUUCUUGAAUCGUUCCGCGUGCAAUAUUUUUGCACUUAAUACUCUUCUUCCUGCCAUCUCCAUCAUCCUGAAGGCCUUUUUUUUUUUGUUUUUGUUUUUAAGCUUCGUUUACACGGAAGAAUAAAAGUUUUGCUUGUUUGGCUGGCAUUCACAGCACCUUCUGCUCCAGUGUCCUUUGCCUUUCAAGUUGAAAGCAGCGAGCCGCGUGUCCCUCCGCCAUCGGUUUUUACCUUCGCGGGGUUUUGGUCACGUGACAGCGCGCGCAGGCAGGGACUCGCUCACAGUGCGCCCCCUAGCGGGCGCUUGUCCACGUGGAACGGAUGCUGUGUGUCUGUGUGUGUGUGUGAAUGUGUGUUAGCUGUCUCUACAUCGCUUUCUGUUCUACUCCUCCCCUCCACGCUGUUUUCAAACCCCUUUCAUCCCCCGCCGCCGGUGCACACGAGGCCACGCCGACAGGGGGCGCUGACAGCGUGCGAAACGGUUGUACGAUGAGGAGUUGCGUGGACCUUCAGCGUGCGCGAUGCUGUACAUGCGGUACGGUGUGCCGUGCAGCACAGACGCUGCGGUGAUGCAGCUGACGCAAAGGCGAGGACACAAACGCCGACAGAGGCCUUAGAAGCGCAGGAGUUGACUGUCGCAGCAACAGCAGCAGCAGCAGCGAGGAGGAAAGAAAAAAAAAAGAUGAUGAUGCUGACAACGAACAGCGAGACGGAGAGAAAGGCAGAGAGCGCUGUUCGUGACCUUCUGAGAUCUGUCAGCACCGUCACCUCUGUCGUGACCUCCGGGGUCAACGUAUGUGAUCACGCGAGCCGCCAGGUAGGCAAUGUCUUUGUCUCAGCAUCGCUGACCAGACAACGGACGAGUAAUUCUCACUUACAUCACUCGUGUAAGAUCCAGAACUGCGUUUGUGAGAGUUUGAAUAAAGAAACAGAUAAAUAAACUCCGUCUGACUCAACACCUUCAGCCAGAAACUGUCGAGAGAAAUUAUCUGCUCCUCAUCGCACCUGUCACUGAAAGGACUAUCGUUUCUCACCUACCACUCGUAAGGAGAGAGAGAUGGAGAGGGAAUAAAAACCACCACUACCACCACAUGAGAUUAAGCGAAAGAGCCGUCGGAGGAACGAAUAAACCUCACGCAAUACUCGUCCAGCGAUAACUGUAUUGAUCAGCACGAGGGCCAUGCGAUGUUCUCCGCUUUUUGUUAAGCGACUGGCGCGAAGACCAAACCUAACCCUCGUCUCCCUCUCGCCCCCAUCUCUCCUCCGCCUCCCCGACUAACCUCCACGAUGCAGCUCUCUGCCCUGUCGCCUGUCGCAGCAUACGGACCUGACUACAGAGGUCCCCUGGCGCUGGAGGGUUACGAUUCAGUGUCGGUGGUGGUGGUGGUGAUGAUGAUGCUGGUAGUGGUAGUUGACGUCGGCAUCUUUUGACUCGCUUAGGAACUCGCAGGCGGGCGGGUGGGUGUGUGGUUGUGGGGAGGGGACAAAAAAAAAAAAAAACCAACAACAACCAGGUGUGCGAGACUGACUUCCUCCUGACCGGGAGGUGUGCGCCUUGUGAGAUGAACGAAAGGGAUCAAUAACCGUGUCAUCAGCACCCACAGGCUUCUGUCGUUGUCGUAUUCUUUCUGUGUACCGAUGAUAGACACCAAACAGUCCGUCUGGUUGAUGUGAAAAUGUCGUCUGCUAGCCUUGCCCGCCUGUUGCAGCCUCGGUCGCUGACAAUUACAGGUGUGAAGAUCAAUGUAGCUCUACCUUUCGACUGUGAAGGCCUUCCGUCUUCGUUCUGAGACUCUCUUUGUUUUAUUUACUAAUUUAUAUUUGUUUGUUCGGUUAUCCACCUGGCUGAAGUAUAACUUCCACGUCCUUUUCCUGCAUUUCAUCGUCGAUGUAUAUCCUCCUGGUUAAACACCCAGGGUGCUGAAGUGUAUGUGUGUUUCCGGAGUCUUGCUAAACACAACAUAAUGCCCAGCAAAAGAGGAGUUUCUACUGGAGAAAAUACCUUUCUGGACACCAUCGCCACCCGCUUUGAUGGCAUCCACAGCAAUUUCGUGCUGGGCAACGCGCAGGCAGCGGGGUGGCCCAUCGUCUACUGCUCGGACGGCUUCUGCGAGCUGACCGGAUAUGGCCGAGCGCAGGUCAUGGCCAAAGGAUGCGCGUGCAAGUUCCUGUACGGGGAGGAGACCUCGGAGACAGAGACCAAGACCAUCGACGAGGCAUUGGAAAGUCAGAGGGAACACAAAACAGAGUUGCUGCUGUACAAGAAAAACGGGAACCCCUUCUGGUGCUUGAUGGACAUUGUGCCUAUAAAGAACGAAAAGCGACAAGUGGUUCUCUUUCUUGUUUCUCACAAGGACAUCUCCAAAGAAAAGGCAUCCACGAACACACAGGAGGGCUCCCACACCGACAUCAACGACAACACCGGCAACGCCAUGGAGAAGGACGACUCGGACAACUCCAAGUCGGAUGAGGAGGAGGCCAAUGAGAUGCCGGAGAACUACAACUACUCCAGGCGCCGCAGCCGCGCCGUGCUGUACCACAUCUCGGGCCAGCUCAACAAACAGAACAAAGCCAAGAGCAAGCUGCAGCAGCUGAACAGGCUGGGGUCACAAAUGCCCGAAUACAAAGUGCAGGAAGUGAAGAAAUCCAAGCUGGUGAUCGUGCACUACGGAAUCUUCAAGAUCGGGUGGGACUGGCUCAUUCUCCUCUGCACUUUCUACAUCGCCAUCAUGGUGCCUUUCAACGCCGCCUUCCGGAAGCAGGGCCGUUAUAAAGACUUCAUCUACAUCGACGUUGCUGUGGAGCUACUGUUUGCUAUAGACAUUGUCCUCAACUUUCGCACCUCAUUUGUCAACAAGAACGGCCAAGUUUGCUAUGAUUCACGCCUGAUUGUCCUCAACUACAUGCGUGGCUGGUUCCUGCUGGACCUUCUGGCUGCGAUACCCUUUGACCUUCUGUAUGUCUUCGACGUGGACACAAUGCAUUGGCAGGACAAAGAAAACCCAGCGGUGCACAUGGGAACCUUAAUACACUUGUUGAAAGUGGCUCGACUGCUGCGCUUGGCUCGCUUGCUGCAGAAGAUUGAACGCUACUCACAGUACAGCAUCUUCGUUGUCGCCAUCUUGAUGUGUGUCUUUGCAUUGCUGGCUCACUGGCUGGCCUGCAUCUGGUACGCCAUUGGCAAACAGGAGUUAGAAGACAAUCCAGAUAACUGGACCAUUGGCUGGCUGUACGAACUGUCCGAGCGAAUCAACGAACCCAUUUACAACCGGUCGCACCCCGACACCAUGACCUGCUACGUCACCGCCCUGUACUUCACGUGCAGCAGUCUCACCAGCGUGGGCUUCGGCAACGUGUCGGCCAACACCAACGCCGAGAAGAUCUUCUCCGUCUGCUCCAUGCUUGUGGGAGCCAUGAUGCACGCGCUGGUGUUCGGUAACGUCACGGCCUUCAUUCAGCGCAUGUACGCGCGGCGCGCCAACUUCCACGCCAAGACCAAAGACAUGAAGGAGUUCUUCCGCUUCCAUCAUUUCCCCAAGCCACUGAAGACUCGCAUGCAGGAGUACUUCCAGACCACGUGGUCGGUCAACAAUGGCAUCGACGUGCGGGAGAUAAUGAAUGAUUUCCCAGAAGACCUGCGUGGCGAGAUUGGCCUUCACCUCAACAGAGAGAUCCUGCUGCUUCCAAUCUUCCAGCACGCUACACAGGCCUGUCUGAGGUCUCUGGCUCUUCAGACUUCCAGAAUGUACUUCGGCCCUGGAGAAUAUCUUAUUCACAAGGGGGACGCCAUUCGCAACAUUUACUACGUCUGCAGCGGUUCUAUGGAAGUGCUGAAGGAUGAACAAGUUGUGGCCAUCUUGGGGAAAGGUGACUUGUUUGGAACAGACAUCAUGUUUGAUAAUCCAAUCAGUAUUUCCGGUUGCGAUGUUCGCUCAUUGGCAUUCUGCGAACUGCUUUGCAUCAACACUCAAGGGCUGGUAGAGUGCCUGCAACCUUAUCCAGUAUUCUCUGAGAAGUUCCAGAAAGAGUUUCCAAAUGACUUGACAUACAACCUAAGGGAGGGCCACGAGGACAUACACGAUGAUGACACCAUUCUGCCAGCCAUCAACACGCUUCCUGUGAUAUCUGAGGAUGAAGAGGAGGAGGAGGUAGCUGAAAAGGGGGAGGACGAUGACAAAACUCGAACUUCCGGUGACGAGGAUGAGGGAGAUCACCCGGAGCACUCCUCCACCUCUCCCCUUCUAUCCGCGUUCUCCAAGAGAGCGCCCUUCCCUAAUGGCGACAUCAUGGGCUUCAAUCUUGCAAGGAACCUACGAGGCACUAAGCUAGGAAGGUUGUUCAAAAGCAGUAGCUUGCUAAGAUCGGAGAGUCAGAAGGAAGAAGCCCAUUUAGCGAGACGGGGCGGGACAAGUCAUCUCCCGAGCGCCGCUCACCUUAGAAACCUCUCGUCGUCUGUGUCUUCUACUUUAUCGUCUGGCCACCGUGUUCCCCGACGUGUCAGAGACAAUAAGAUGCGCACCUGUCGCAGUGUUCCAACAGGUGUCCACCCGACACCAUUGAAGCCCGAGGACACGUCCCUCGUUCACAAUCUUCAGGCAGAAGUGGAGGGAACUCGUGCCACGGUGGACAGGCUGGACCGCCGCAUUGAUGCUCUUUCCCACGAUGUCAAAAACAUUACCUCCACCCUCAACCAGAUUCUGCGGAUGAUGGGUGGGUCCAGCAACCAGUCGAAAUACUCUCCACCGCCAGAGAGGCGUGACCCUUCGAGAGGCAGCGCCAGCCACUCCACCCUCCAUCAGGAGCAGCAGCAGCAGGACCAGACGCACAAGCGACAGCAGCCUCAGGUUCGCACCCAACACUCAUCGGGGCAGCAGAUCCAUACGAAAUCAGACCCCUCACCCUUAGGAACACCCCUUCAGCAGCCGGGGGCUUCGACAAGUCCUGCGCAGCCGUCACUGCAGUCUGAAGCGACCUCUGUGCGGCCCCAGUUCUUCUUCGGGACUUCCACCGGAAACGAACGCUUCAGUGACCUUUUCACAUCCCCGUGCGACCAAGGAGGCUGCAGCAAAGCGUUUCGCUACGACGGUCCCUUGCUGGGCAAAGGGGAGACCACUUCCACAACCGCGACCACCACGGCGUGCAGUCGCGCUCUGUCGCCGACGAUGUCUCCGCUGUCUCUGAGCUCGGUGAACAGCUCAACGAGACUGCUGGCUUCGGACGAUGAGAAAGGAUCACCGCGUCCCCCGGGCAGGGACUUCCAUCCCUCCAAACAUCAGUAUUACAAACCCAGCGAACAGGAUGGCAUGGGCACAAACGGGUACUCAUCCAGCUCACCUCUGACCCCGCUCUCUCCCCCAAACCGAUUGGACCCUCGCACGUCCCCCGACUCCCGUUUCCGACAGGUUUCCGCGGGUCGGCGAAGGGCGCUGGGCUUGCCACAUCCGGGGCUUGUUCGCCAGUCCGCCAUGCCGGACGCUCUCAUAGCUCUAGACUUGUCAAGUAGUGAGGAGAGUUUGUCGAGGUUGGAGAAUCUGCCGCUGGAGUCGAAGGGCGACCACGGUUCCGACACGAAAGCCCCACUCAGUCACGCAGAGUCUUUCGGUGACCUGGCUAGCCCUCAGGACACGACAGAGUUGUGAACAGGGGGUAAAAAAAAAUGGCAAAAAAUAAUUUUUUUCUGUCCACAGUGACAAACGAUGUGCCUCACAUCCGGCUGUGAUUGAGCGAUCUGUGAUGGUUGUGCUGACAACCUUUUCACCGCUUACGAGUCUGUUAUGACUUUCAUCGCUGUUGGUUGAAACAGAAUGGAUGCUGAUUGUUUCAGAUAUGUCUUUUCACAUCAGUCAGUUAUCAAAGAUAGAUGAGUAGUGAACAAUGAGCACGUUGCUAAAUUCAGUCACUGCUUUGAAACGUGUACGGCAGAGGGCUGUCACAUCUUCUGGCCGAGUCCUUUUAGAAUGUUGUGCGGGAUUUGUGUAUGAUAAUUCGAAUGAAAAAAUAAAUUCAAAGAAAGCAAAUUAAAAUCCGUCACGUUAAAACCAUAGAGAAAUGGCAGUGCUGACCUAGACUUGCUAUUGCUUGGUAGCGGAAACAACAAGUGUGGUGAUGUGGCUUCAAAAGCAAAUUGUGAUCAGACAUCCCUUCUGUGAUUUUUAAGAGGCACAACAAUUAAAGACAAUAAAUUUGAAAACCAAUCUGAUCACUAGACCUGCGGUUUUAAAUAAUUGUAUAUAGUGUAAAGACAACAAGCAAAAAGGCGGCACGGUGGAUUUGAAUCUGGUUUCUACAUAAGCAUGGUUCCACUAGGCUGUUGUACUUUGAUGACAUGGGCCACGAAAGAACGAUGAUUUUCGUACCCAAAUCGCGAAGAAAGCUUAUCUCCUCUUUAUAUUCACACAAACUAAAGUCCUGCCCUGUCUUCAACUUUGCUUUUACCUUGCAUGAACCUUUUCGAAGCCGGUGGUAUGUUUUGCACGUGAGAAUCUGGA